AGUGAGAAAAAAAAAAAGAGGCCGUCCCGUACAAUUCGUACACCUCAGCACUAGUGGGGCCAACCAGCCUAAGGAAACAGUUAGUUAAGGUUGGCGCGAAAAGCAGCUAUGGUUCGUUACUAAUGGAAAUUGAAAGCCGCGAGACUCUCGCACCGCCUUCCAUCUUUCUCCAUUCUUCCUCCCCUUUACCAAACCCUAAUUUCUAGUUUCGCCAUUUUUCUUUUUUCUGCUUUCUGCUUUCUUUUUCUUUUUUUUUUCUUUCUUCUUCCUUCGUCUAAUGAGAAACAACACAUUUUCGGAAUCGGUUCCUGCAUUUUUGUGCCUGCCGGGAUUUUAUUUUCAGGCUAGAUUUUUAUGGGUUUUGAGGAUUUUUCCUUGUGUCGUUAGAGAUAGACUGGAGCCGCCUAUCGCCGGUGUCGCUUCCGGCGAGGUUUGGUGGUAGUGGUUAUGUUUUGGAGUUGAUUGGAACGGAAGGAGUUGUUUCAUGCGUUUUCUGAUUCAAGGACAAAGCUGCGUGCAUGGUCUUGGAGAAAUAUCUGCUGCUUCUGAUAGAAGCCAAAGCAACUCAUGUUUAGAAACGGAUUCAGGUUCUAUUGGUGGAAGUGAAAGGAAAGCUAGAAACUUUGAAAACGGCGAGAAAAGUAGAACAUAUGGCAGCGAGGGGUAGUCGUGAAAGAAGUUCACAUACAACAGGACAGCCAGAUAUAAUAGGAUUAGGUAGUAUAAAUUCUGGAGGUACUGGUGGCAAAGGCGUUUCGCUUCCCCCAACCAAACAGCUGGGUUUUGGGUCUGCAUCGUCUAUAGAUUUGUUGGAAAUAUCAGAUCUCGCUCAAGUUGGAGCAAAUGUUAACCGACCUGAAGCAGACACGAUUUGUUUGGCAAAUCCUGGUCGUGGGAUUUACCAGCUUCAAUUUAAAGAUGAUGAUAGCAAUGUUUCCAGCAAUUGUUCUUCCAAAUCAGAGAAGAGCAGCGGUUCUCCAUGUCCAACAUCUGUAUCCCAAGUGUCAGGUCUUACCCAUGAGUCUGGUGGAAAUGUUUUGUCCCCAACUCAAUCCCCUUCUCUUCAAACAAUGGAUCGUAUGGGAGGAUAUGAUGAAUCAUAUGACCCCUUUAGAAUCCCAUCUGCAGUUUUCCAAAGAAGUAGUUCUGUUACUCCGAUGGAAUGGAGUAUUGCUUCAAAUGAGUCAUUGUUUAGCAUUCAGGUCGGAAACAAUAGCUUCUCCAGAGAUCAUGUGUCGAUGUUGAGUGAGUUUGGUAAGUCUGGCGAGUUAACGAAAUCUGGCAAGUUCAAAAAAGCAGACGAGUCGUUUGUGUUUAGCCAACCACCUGCAGUUAUCACGUCAAGAGAAGCUGAAAUGAAGAGUGCUGAAUAUGAAGAGGGUCCUAAAAUGGCAGAUACCAUAGAAUAUAACAUAAAGGAUAAAGGGGGAUCGAUUACAGACGAUGAUCUUAGUGACAGAAACCUACCACCUCCAGCAGUAUCAUGGAAUUCCUCUACCAAAUCUCGGCACUCUGAUAAAAGUCAAAGUAGCUCAGAUUCAUUCGCUUUCCCCAUAAAGAAGAAGUGCGCAUGCCCAUCGUGUUACCGUUCUAACUGUAGUCAGGCGUUCUGCUACUGCUCGUGGCCACGUUGCUACCCUACAUGGUCAAACUGUUGUUGCGGGAACUGUAGCAGGACGUUCAGCUAUUGUUGGAACUGUAGCCGAAGAGGAUUUUGUUGUCGCAUUCAGACCUCUAAAAUGUAUGCUCCGUACUCUUCAACAUUAUUAACAAUGUUAAAAUUUAGCCGAUGAAGAGGCGCAGGCUGCAUCCAUGCCUAAGGAUGCUAAAUGUCAAGGCACUCCAGUCUCUUCAAAAUCAAAAUCGAAGUGUUGGUUUUCCUGUAGUUCAUGUUGUUGUUCCAAAUGGAGUUGUUCGUGUUCUUCUUGUUUCAAAUGGAUUUUUUGUUGGUGUUUUUAUUGUCCCAAAUGGAAGUGUUCGUGUUCUUCUUGUUAUAAGCGGAGUUGUUCGUGUCCUUCUUGUUACAAAUGGAGAUGUUCGUGUUCUUGUUUCAAGUGGAAUUGCAGUUCAUGCUCUUGUUCCAAAUGGAAUUGCAGUUCAUGUUCUUGUUCCAAAUGGAGUUGCGGUUCAUGUUUUUCUUGUUUCAAGUGGAGUUGCCUUUCAUGUUCUUGUUGCAAAUGGAGUUGUGGUUCGUGUUCUUCUUGUUGCAAAUGGAAUUCAUGCACAUGUUCAUCUUGUUGGACAUGCAGCUGCUGUAGUAAUUGUCAUUUUCGUGAUUGUUGCCAUUGUCGUCCAUGUUGUUGCUUUCGACCUCAUUGUCACAUUUACCCUUCUUGUCAUUUUUGUCGUUGUUAAACGGACAUCGUCCUAAAAAGGACACUGUCACCCAAUUUUUUAUAUUGAUUCUUUAGGUAUUUAGAGUCGUUAAAUAUAAUAUACUGAGUUCAAGCAAA